GAGCUGUGUAUAAAGCUCAAGUCCCGUUAGUUAUGUCCCUUGGAUCUGCUGAACGGUGGGAGGAAGGAAGGAAUAUCUACACAACGGUCUCAUUCGUCUAAGUGAACAGCCACCCCACAGUCAAAGGCAAAAUGCUGUCUCAAUUGGAAGGGGCAAUGGAUGCCAUCAUCAAAGUCUUCUACAAUUACUCUGGGAAAGAGGGCGACAAGUACACGCUGACCAAGUCUGAACUCAAGGACCUGCUGAAGGGGGAGCUCGGAGCCUUCCUGAAGUUUCAGAAGGACUGCCACACUGUGGACAACAUCAUGAGAGACUUGGACAUGAACGGUGACGGACAGGUUGAUUUCCAGGAGUUCAUUCACUUGGUGACGGCCAUCACCAUUGCCUGCAAUGAUUUCUUCAUUGAGCUUCUGAAGAAGCAGGGCAAGUUGUGAGAGAGAGUGAGUGAGUGAGUGAACGAACAUUGCCGUGAAUCCUGAACAGAAAUCACCCAACUCUGGACAUUGAUAAUUAUCAAUAAAAAGUGACGGACGGGCCAUGA